AUGAAGGAAUCCUCCUGCAAGAGCCCUCUUAUGGCGACGUACUGCCAAGAGGUGCACAAGCUAGUGGACAGGUUCCAAGAGAUCGAGUUGCAUCAUGUCCCGCAAAAGGACAACGUUGCCACCGACCUCCUCGUGAAAUUGGUGGCCAAAUGGGAUCCACCUCCCGACGGGGUCUUUGUAAACGACCUCCAUGAGCCAUCUGAUUGCGUCAGAGCGGAUCCGUCCCAGAUGUGGCCUGACCCCGAUCGGGUGUUCGGGGGCUCCAACGCUCCGACGCGGCCCGACCCUGACAAGGCGCUCGGGGGCUCCAUCCCUGACGCCUCCAUGGCGACCUCACCCAGCGGCACCACCGUAAUGGCGCUCGACCCAGCCGACUGUAGAGUGCCGUUACUAGCCUACAUCCUCGAAGUGGUCCUCCCACUAGAAAGGACUGAAGCGUGA